GAGCACCAUCCUCCAUGCACGAGCUGUCAUGGACCAACACAACCUGUAUCGGUUUUGCUUUUUUUUAAAUUAUUUUAUGCAAGCGCUACAUUCUAACUUUUUAAAAAUUAAUUAGGAAUGGGGGUAACAUUCACCAUGCAAUCUUUUAUAUAUAUAUGCACACGAGCAACAAAAUAGCUUGUCAUCCAGCGCCUCUUCCCGCCUACCAUUCUUAUUUGUUCAGAUCAUCUCACUCGAGUAUCUAACAGGAAAUGAUGCGUGUAUUCACUAGUCGGACAUGCAUUGAGACAGCCACGCAAACGUAAAAUUGUCCAGAAAUAGACCGAUGAAGUCACCGUAUAGGAUCGGCGGUGUUUUUGCAGUCAAAAGUCUGAAAAGAGCUCCGGGAGUACGAGCGGCUGCGUGCGAACAAACAAGCCGGGCAAGAGCGUCGCUGCGCCGGCUUGGCUGGCCGCGCUCGUUCGGCUGCGCCUCGCGGUGCCGCUUGUUGACAUAUUCACACUCCACACAGCGACUUAUUGACUGACCGACUCAAGCUUGGGAUGGCGAUUCACAUGCAAAGCCUUUUUUUGGGUAACGGUUUUCCUUUUUUUUUUUGCUCCCUUUCUCUUUUGCCGUUUUUGCAAACACCUUCUUAUAAGACUCCAGUCUGAUCGCCUCCACCCGGACCUGUUAAAACCCCGCCCCCUUGGUGCCUCACAAUUGGUCCGAAAGCGUCAAAGAGCCAAUCAAAGGGAGUCGCUGCAACACAUCCAUCCUGCGUGGAGCCCCGUGGGCCACAGAAGGCGCUAGGAAAAUCACGGAGCUGGGACCUUACCACACUCUCUUUCUUUCUCUCUCUCUCCUCCUCCUCUUCUUUCUCUCUCUCUCUCUCUCUCAUCUGUCGAGCUCCGCGGACGACUUGUUUCCCCGCACACGUCCUUCCCAGAAAUGUGCGUGAAGGCGAGGGGACGCCCGGCGUGUGUGUGCGUGCGUGCGUAAAGAGGCGCAAGGGAGUGCGGAGCCAGUCGAGGCAGGACACGGGAAGCUGCGAGGAGGGGACGAUUCGAAAAAGUAGGGAGGGGGGAUCCACUGCAGCGUCCGAGAAAGCCAGCCAAGGAGGGACGCGCUUUUGUUUUCUCUCCUUUUUUUCCCUUUCCGUGUAUCUCCUUUAAACCGGGAAUGGCGACGCAGUGAAGAGGAAGAAUGCAACGCCGUAGACUCGAGUGACGCACCCGAGUCGCUUCGUGUGUGUGCGGCAAAAACUCUCAAGUGCAGCCGCUCUCCUUUUCUUCAUGGGGAACAUCCUCGCCUUUUGAUUUUUAAAUUCCCCCAACUCCCUCCCCCGAAAAAAAGAACAGUGGACUCUCGUCGGAUGCUUCAAGUUUGAAGGAGGACUUGUUCUUCUUCUUGAACAUUUCCCACCCCUCCUUCUCCUUCUUCUUCUCGUCGUUUUGAUUUCGCAGCGCGUCCGAAACACUCCAACAAGCCCCACGUCCGCACUGCUUGCGAAGCACUUGGAUGAACUUCCUGAUGAGAGAUCCAGUCGUCCAGGGCUCGAGUAUGGCAUAUCAUCCGUUUAUACCUCACCGGGGUCCGGAAUUUGCCAUGAGCGCCAUGCUGGGCCACCAGCCGCCCUUCUUUCCGGCUCUGGCGCUGCCCCCCAGCGGCUCGCUCUCUCUGCCGGGCGCCCUGGGCAAGCCGAUCAUGGAUCAGCUGAUGGGGGGAGCGGCCGACUCCGGGCUGCACUUUUCCUCGCUGGGUCACCAGGCCGCCGCGGCGGCCGCCGCCGCCGCCGCGCACCUCCGACCGCUCAAGAGCCUGGAGCCCGAGGAGGAGGUGGAGGACGAUCCCAAAGUGCACCUGGAAGCCAAGGAGCUGUGGGAGCUCUUCCACAAGAGGGGCACCGAGAUGGUGAUCACCAAAUCCGGAAGGCGGAUGUUCCCCCCCUUCAAAGUGAGAUGCACGGGCCUGGACAAGAAGGCCAAGUACAUUCUCCUGAUGGAUAUCGUGGCGGCCGACGACUGCAGGUACAAGUUCCACAACUCGCGCUGGAUGGUGGCGGGCAAGGCCGACCCGGAGAUGCCGAAGAGGAUGUACAUCCACCCGGACAGCCCCGCCACGGGCGAACAGUGGAUGUCCAAGGUGGUCAACUUCCACAAGCUCAAGCUCACCAACAACAUCUCCGACAAGCAUGGAUUUACCAUCUUGAACUCCAUGCAUAAAUAUCAGCCUCGCUUUCACAUCGUGAGGGCCAACGACAUCCUCAAGCUGCCCUACAGCACUUUUAGGACGUACGUGUUCCCCGAGACCGACUUCAUCGCGGUGACUGCUUAUCAGAACGACAAGAUAACUCAGCUUAAAAUCGAUCACAACCCUUUCGCCAAAGGCUUCCGUGACACUGGCAACGGCCGGCGGGAAAAGAGGAAACAGUUGGCCCUACAGUCCAUCCGCUCGUACGAGGAGCAGCAGAAGAAGGAGAACGGAGCUUCGGAUGACUCCUCCGGGGAGCAGGCCCCCUUCAAGUGCUUCGGUCAGGCCUCCUCUCCUGCCGUGUCCACUGUGGGGCCCCCACACCUCAAAGACUUGUGUGACAGCGACGAGGACAGCGACGACGAGAGCAAAGACGGUCACGUCAAAGACGGUCCGGACUCCAGCAAGAUCUCGACUACGACGGAGGACGGCAAAGAGCACGACGCCAGCCCGCUCAAGGGCCACCUGUUCGGGGGAGGCGGCGGCGGCGGUGUCGUCGUCGGCUGCGGCGGCCCCACCGGCCGAACCCGAGACGGCGGCAGCCCGAGGACCGAACGAGGCCGGGCGGACUCUCGACAGAGCCCCAUCACCGUCAUCUCCAGCACCACGCGCUCCGGGGAGGACGUGAAGAGCCCCAGCCUGGAGCCGGUCAAGGAGGACGAGUGCCGGCCGCCGGGCAAGGACGCCUUCGCGCCGUUAACUGUGCAGACGGAGGCCGCGCACAUGGGCCAUCACGGCCACAUGCCCAACUUUGGAUUUGCCGGCGGCCUGACGGGACAGCAGUUUUUCAACCACUUGGGGGGCGCGCACCCGUUCCUCCUGCACCCGGGUCAGUUCAACAUGGGCGGCGCCUUCUCAAACAUGGCCGCGGGCAUGGGGCCCCUACUGGCCGCCGUGUCUACGGGAGGGGUGAGCACCAUGGACACCAGCAGCAUGGCGUCCUCCCCUCAGAGCCUAGCGGGGGCUCCGGGCCUGCCCUUCCAUCUGCAGCAACACGUCCUGGCCUCGCAGGGUCUGGCCAUGUCCCCCUUCGGAAGCCUGUUCCCCUACCCGUAUACGUACAUGGCGGCGGCCGCGGCCGCCUCUUCCGCAGCCGCCGCCUCGUCCUCAUCAUCAUCGUCGGUGCACCGGCACCCCUUCUUGAACGCGGUGCGCCCCCGCCUCAGGUACAACCCCUACUCGCUCCCCAUGACUGUACCGGACAGCACGCUGCUCAGCACGGCCGCCGCCGCCGCCUCGGCCUCGGAGCUAAAGGGGGACGUGCUGGUGCCGGCCAGCCCGGCGUCGGCCCAGCUCGACUCGUCCACGUCUGAGGUGACGAGUCGCUCGGUGUCGCCCAAAUUGUGCGCGGACAAGGAGGGCGCCAACGAGCUGCAGAGCAUCCAGCGCCUCGUCAGCGGGCUGGACUCGAACCAGGACAGGUCGAGAAGUGGGUCGCCCUGAGGAGAACGAGGAAAGGGAGGGGCGGGGCUGGGAGGGGGCGAGUGCGGCUCCCCCCUCCCUUUUUCAUUCACACACGCUUUUUAUUUCUUGUCAUUUCCCAAAUAUCUUGAAAGACAACAGGAGGACUUUGUUCAUGGCGGGUCUUUCGAGAGAAACCUAGUCGAGUUUCUGAAAUGCACUUUGGUUUAAUACACAUCUGAUAUGUAUUGUUUUUCUUUUUAAAUUAAAAAAAAACAACACUUAACCUGUCCUUUUUUUGUAAUACCAUACAAGUAUUGAAACUGCAAAGUGGUCAAAUGGGUGAGACUUCACGAAUUGAAGUUGCUGCUGUCGCCUAACUGCAUAGUACACGACAAAAUGUUUUGGGUUUUUUUUUUAAUUUCUUAUUCUUCCCAAUAUGCACUCUGAAUUCACACCUUUGGAUUUCCACUACCAGUAAACAUGACCUACCUUGAAGAGACUGCUGUAUUUUAUUGUACAAUUUCAAUUUUAACCAAUUUCCCCCCCCCCCCCCUAAAAAAAAGAAAAAAAAAGAAAAAAGUUGCAUGUCCUCCCCUUUCCUCUUCCUACCGUGAAUGUUCUUUAAAACAGUGGGUGGGUGUGGGGAGAAACAUUUCUUUUCACAAUAUCCAUCUUCAAUUGGAAUUGCUUUCUUUUUGUAUUUCUGUUUGUUUGUUUUCCAUCCCAUAACUGCUCUGGGUAGAAAAUAAAGGCCCCAGAGUAAUUAAUGUUCAAUAGGCAAAGGGAAGCAGAAAAGUCAAAUAUAUAAAAACAACAACAGUAACAACAUGAACGUUAGUAUUGAGUCUACAUGUACAUAUGAGUAUAUAAAAUAUUUAUGUAUAAUUAUUUCAUAUUGUUGCGUGUAAAUAAAAAAAGAAGUAGUUUGUCCUAGGGAUCUGUUGUUAAUUUAUUGUGGAUAUAUCUGUGUAAUGGUAGUUUGUGGCUAUUAUCCUUUUGUUGCCAUCUCCAUUUAUUAUCGUCUCUCUUGUCAAACUCUUCAACUAUGGAUUUUAGUCCACCCUUAAUAUUCACUCAGCUAGUUACUCACACUCAUGUGCCAUUGUAUUUUUCACUUGUUGUUCGUGUGUGUGUGCGUGCGCGCGCGAGUGUGUGUGUGUGCGCGAGUGCGUGUGUUAAUUAUUUUCAACGAAUGAAAAAGGCGACAACGAACGCACCCCACUAAUGGCUUGAAACAUCUUUCAAAAAAACAUUUUUUCUUCUUUUUUUAGAAACCCAAAACAAGUGUUAAAGUUGGACAAAAAAAGUGGAUCUUUUUUCUGUUAUGGAGAUUUGUACACCUGGUCGUUAAAAGUGCCGUAUAAUCUUAAAAAAAAAAGUAAGACAAAAAAAAACAAUAUGAAGGUUUCGUUUUCUUUUUGUGUUUCUUACGCUGGGUUAUGUUGUAGCCUAUCGGAAUUUUUUUUUGUCUAGUUUACAACAUCGACAUCGUGUUCUUGAAAGUUUCAAUAAAACGUUGAAAUGUC